GGGUGUAAAGGUGCAAAACCCCCCGCGGUGCCCACCACAAGUGCCUCUUCUCACUCUUAUCUCUCGUUGCUCGUCCUCCUCCCAUCGUGACUCAUUGUUAAACGGUAGAGUUGGGGGGUGGGGGGAGUCUGCGGCGGUGAUGUCACGCCACUGACGGAAAAGUGCGUCAGGGCCAGCCAAGGUGAGCCGCCGCGCGGCGGAGUCCCCCCCCACUGGUCGGCCAGCCGGCCCGCGUUUGCAACCGACGAGGUGAAAGAUGCUCAUUGUCGCCACUCCAAGCUCGGAUCCCGGGCCACGGCGCCUCGAGCCUCCGCCGCAAUGUCCCAGAACGAGGUGCGAUUCUAGGGCAGGUGUCCACGCGCCCCCGCUCGCCUCUGCGGCAUGACGCUGCCGGCCGCGCUGCUACUCUGGACUUGCGUGUGGGGGGUGGUCGCCCUCAGCGACGAGGACUUGGAGCGACGGUGGGAGACCCUCUUCUCGCGCUCCUACUUGGGCCUCGCCGGCCGGGGGGCGCAGCCCAGCUGGCAGAGCGACUACCUGCGGGGCGUCAAGCGGGUGCGGCGCCUCUACUGCAACGUGGGCAUCGGCUUCCACCUGCAGGUGCUCCCGGACGGCAGCGUCGCCGGCGCGCACCUCGAGGACCCGCACAGUCUGAUCGAGAUCUCCAGCGUGGAACGAGGAGUGGUCAGUUUGUUUGGCGUCAAAAGCGAGAUGUUUGUCGCCAUGAACCGCAAGGGGAGACUCUACGGGACGAAAUUCUUCAGUGACGAGUGCAAGUUCAGGGAGACGCUGCUGGCCAAUAACUACAACGCCUACGAGUCUUUUGUUUACAAGGGCUUCUACGUGGCUCUGGGGCGGCGCGGGCGGGCGCGGCGAGGCGACAGGGCCACGACCGCCGCCCCCGCCACGCACUUCCUCCCACGGCUGUGACCUAUAAUGACACCACGUGGACUUUUGCACAUGCGGACUUUAGUUCCUUCCAGGUAACACGCCAAUGAACUACGCUAAUGUUAUUUCAUAUGUAUAUUUGGGGCGCUAUAUCUUUGUAUAUUACGCCAUUGUGCUGCUUUUCUCACUUGGUGCUUGCCAAGUUGCACGAUAUGGACACGGCUAGUACUCGUUCACUGCUAUUGACGAUAAUGGACAUAUUCAUGGAUUAUGUUUCACUGCCAUCGACUGCGCGCGACGUCCA